UUCCUCCCUCUCGUAAACUUCUUCUUGAAAUCCGAGUCUCCAACAUCUGUCGUGUUCCAAUUCUAGAAAGACUGACUUAUUCAUAUAAACACUUUUCGCCAAAAAUGCCGAGGAAAUCAAUCAUGCUCACAGGAGCACCUUACCACAUCCUGGCGUAUGGAUCUCUGCUUGGAACAACCGUCUUCAAUACCUGCGUCGGAACCAUCAUCCAGUUCAAGACGCUUCCCAUACUUCAAUUUUCGGAUUUGCAGACCAAGACCUUUCCGUGGUACUUUGGACUGCAGACAACAUUGCCCGUCAUUCUUGCGGUGACCCUUCCCGGCAGAGGACCAUUCGGAGCCUCUGGCGGACUCCAGAGACUGUUUAAUGCCUCGAACCGCUGGAGCACUCUGGUCCCCCUAGCCACUGUCUUCGUCACCGGGCUUGCCAACUGGGUCGUCCUCCUGCCGGCCUCAAAGGCGUGCAUCGUCGAGAGGAGAAAGCAGGAGGAGAAGGACGGCAAGCGAAGCUGGGACCCGAAACCGCACAGCCAAGAGAUGACGGCCCUGAACAAGAAGUUUGGCAUGCUGCACGGCAUCUCUUCUUUGUUGAAUGUGGUCAACUUUGUGGCGACCGUCGUGUACGGCGUCACGCUGGCCAGGCGAAUCCGCUAAGGCCCUUUUGUUUUGGAGGGGAAGAGUAGGGGAAGUCUGAUGUGUGAAGAGACGCUGCGCUUGGAAGACGAACAGUCAUCUCCGCUCCCUUGUUCGAACGUCCUAGAGAUGGAGGACCCUGUCCCCUGUGGCUUGGUCACAUUUGCCGUCAUCACUCCUUGUAUGUAUAUUAGAAAUUGUUCAAUUCAACUUGACUUUGGAUAUC